AUGAGCGGCAAGUACAGCGACAUGAGUGACAACGACAUUCGCGGCAAGUACAGCGACAUACGCGGUGCCGAAUUCCUCGUCGACAUUGGCAUCCUCGUCGACAUUGACAUCCUCGUCGACAUUGACAUCCUCGUCGACACUGACAUCCCAUCCUCGUCGACAUUGACAUCCUCGACAUCGACAUCCUCGUCGACAUCGACAUCCUCCUCGACAUCCUCCUCGACAUCCACACCCCUCGCCGAAGCCAUGCUCAAGUCCCAGCGCCCCAACGCCGCGUCGCGGACGAGGAAGCUGCGCCUCUUCUUCGCCGCCGCCCUCCUCGUCCUCGCCGCCGCCGCCUGGUUCUUCCGCGACCUCCUCGGCACCUCCUGGACGCUCGCCAGCCUCAACGCCAACUGGCACGACGGCUCGCGCCACUUCAUCCUCUCGGCCGCCCACGACGGCUUCGACGUCACCUUUGCCAACUACAGCCGCGACCAGCUCUCGGCCGCGCCCUACGACGACGUCGUGCCGCCCGUCCUGCACCACAUCGCCCUCGGUCGCCACGGCGACAACUGGCGCGGCGAGUGGAAGGAGACGGUCCGCAGCUGCGUCGACCUGCACCCCGGCUGGGAGGCGCACAUGUGGACCGACGAAAAGGCGGCGGCCCUCGUCGCCGACAAGUUCCCGCACCUCAAGCCGACGUGGGACGGCUACCGGUACCCCGUCGAGCGCGUCGACGCCCUGCGCUACAUGGUCCUCUACGAGUACGGCGGCGUCAUCCUCGACAUGGACCUCGAGUGCAAGCGCGGCCUCGGUCCGCUGCGCCGCUUCGAGUUCGUCGCCCCCGAGGCCCACCCGACGGGCUUCUCCAUCGGCUUCAUGAUGGCCCGCCGCCGCAGCGGCUUCGUCGGCAGCAUCGUCGGCAACCUCACCGCCUACGACCGCCAGUGGCUCGGCCUGCCCUACCCGACCGUCAUGUUCAGCACCGGCUGCCACUUCGCCUCGGUCAUCCACGCCCGCGAGGGCGACCGCUCGGCCCUCAAGAUCCUGCCGGCGCCGCUGCACAGCCUCAACGGACGCGUCUCGACGCCCAUCUUCGAGCACCUCGGGAGCUCGUCCUGGCACUCGUACGACGCGCGCCUCAUCAACUGCCUCGGCCGGAGCCGGAACCUCCUGCUACUCCUCGCCAUCCUCGUUGUCGCCCUCGGCCUCUUCUGGCGGCGACGCACGAUCCUCAGGCGCCUGUGA